UUCAGUCCAGACAUCCGAAACAAAAGUCCAACAACUCGGUAAUGUGCUUGAAGCUUAUACUAUCUUUAUCAAUUGCCGGCCUGGUUUCUGCUUCUCAGAUUCCUGGGCCAGAGGAACGGAUCGUACGAGGUUACUACAUCCCCAUCGAAUAUGUUCCUUGGCAAGUGUCGAUGCUAAAUGCCACACUACAUCGCUGCGGUGGAGUCAUCUACAGUGAUCGGACUAUUUUAACUGCUGCUCAUUGCCUUCACAAUGUGGCCGUGAAGGAUCUAUCAGUUCGCGCUGGAUCUUCAUAUUGGAGCAAAGGUGGUCAGGUGCAAAGAGUGCUAAAGGCCAUUAAACAUCCAAAAUACCGGCAUUUUCCUAACCCAGUGUAUGAUGUUGCUGUGCUGAUUUUGGAGGAUCCUCUCAAACUUGGUAGUGCAGUAGACGAAAUUUCUCUAGCUGAAAAUACUCCCGAUGCUGGAACAAUUACUUUGGCCUCAGGAUGGGGACUUACUCGAGUCCCUGGAUUUCAUUGGCCAAUACUGCAUGGCGUUCACGUAACUAUUUUGAAUAGAACGGAAUGCGAGAAUUAUUAUAAAGACAUAAAUUAUAAAGUGACUAACGACAUGAUCUGUGCCGACGCACAUCAAGGUGAUACUUGUAAAGGUGAUUCCGGUGGCCCCUUGGUUGAUACGAAAAAUAGAAAGCUUGUUGGCAUAGUUAGCUGGGGAGCGGGUUGUGGUACAAAUCCGGGGGUCUACGCAGAUGUUGCUUUCUUCCGCAACUGGCUCAAAUAUACAGUUCAAGAAAAUAUUUAGAAAACGAUUGUCAAAAUAUACUAUUUACUAGUUACAUCAUUUAUCUGCAAAUAAAUACCUACAAUUUUGAAACCUUU